GUGCUCACAUAGAGGUCUUUUACCCUGCAGUGAGCAUUUGUAGAUGAUGGGGAGUUUUCAGCUUUCAUAUUUCCUACUUUUAAAUCUUUUUAUAGCUGCUUUAUUGGAAUGCGGAGCUCAGAGACCCUGUGAACAGCUUCAACAGUUGAACAUAAGCUGUGUUCAGCGUGACAGCAUGUCUAUUCCUUGUUUAAGCAUAACCCACCCACUGGAGUCUUUAACAGUGAAACUACGCAAGAAUAACCCAGUUCAGGACAUCCUGAUCUAUCCAGACAUCUCUCCAGCAUCAGAGAACCAGAGAUGGUCUGUGAGAAAACAUGCUGGAAAUAUUCAACUUGAUCUGAAAGACAUCCAACUAACAGAUGAAGGCCUUUAUGACUGUGAGGUCUACAAAGAUCAGGACUGCCUUAACGUAACUCGAUUUACCCUGACAGUCAAAGACUGUAAAAAAUUGGAGUCUGUCUCUGCAACAUUAGGCUCUGCAGUGCUGCUGCCAUGCUCUGAACAUCCCCAACGUAACAAAACUGAUCAAGUCACUUGGAAAGUCAUCGAAGGUCACAGGUCAACAGAUAUAACACAAUAUCGCUCAUCAUCCAAGACCUCAAACAGCACAGAGAAACUCUCGAAGCCUCUGUUUGAGAGAGUGAGACAACUAGAGAACGGUUCUCUGCUUAUAAGAGAUUCAGUAAAGGCUGAUGAACUGUGGUAUCGGUGCAGAGUGAAUGACAAAACCUGCCAUGAAGUGAAGCUGCAGUUCAAAGAUCUUGUUAUUGCUAAAUCCACAACACUGCGUACCACAGGUACUCUUAAAACUCCUGCUGGCCAUAACAAAGGCAACACUGACACAACAGCAAACAAUCUGACAGCAGUAGUGACGGCCACAGUGGUGUCUCUGCUUACCAUCUUAUCACUGAUCAUCUGUGUCAUUGUUUAUUUCAAAAAGCGAAAGCACAGAAACAACAGCCACACAGAGCUCAACCGCCCGUUAUCUGUAUAUUAUUCAUAUGUUGCAGAAGGGUAUGAUGUCCCGUUGUAUUCUUUGGUUGAACGGACCUCAGAAACCAUGUCAACCUUUGACACCAAACCCUCUGAAGCUCUUACAUAUGUACCACAAGGCAAAUGUGAAGAUUAUCAAUUCAGAAAUGAAUAAUGAUUGUUUUAAUGUUUUUGACAAUAACAUCUUUAAGUAUGUCCCAAUUUAGCAAUUAUAUGGCAUCAUCUAUCAAAAGAGAAAAUCUAUCAUACGCAAAUAACUCUUGGUAAUGCUGUUAUGAUUUCAUUGUUUUUAAUGCUGAAACGUGAAACUAAUAAUAUGUUGUCAUAAGGUCUUUCAAGCUCAACUUAAAAUAGUAAAAUUUGUGAUUUUUAUUAUACCAGUCAUGAUGUAAUUUUUGUGGGGGACAGUCAUAGCAUGACACAGACUGAUGAUCUGAUAACUGAGAUCUGAUGCAAGAACUAAACAGUUGGAAACAGAAGUUUUAGAUUCAUAUAGCACCUGGUUUAGCAAAGUUAAACGUAUAAAAUGUGAAAGGAAAUACACAAUAGACAGGGGUUGGGCUUCCAGAAAAGCUUAUUGUGGUUUUUGAAGUUAUCCAUCAGUGUCUUGUUUCCAUUGCUUAUUUAUAUAAUUCUUAACAAGUUGAUAUUAUUAUGAUCAUUCAAGUGAAACCAUCUUUAGGUACAGUGCUGGAACCACCUUUAUAUGACAUACAAAAGCAGACUAUUAAUCGCUGAGCCUUUUUUGUCUUUUACAAAGAGGAGUCGAAAUCCACACCCUUGACACACACUGCGUAUAGUAUCACUGAUCCAUCCCAAUCUGUGGAAAAAUCUUGCUUAAUAUCAACUGUCAUAAGGCAUGUACAAAUUGCUGAAACUAUUUUUAAAAUGAAGGGUCGGGUUUCUUAAAGUAAUGCCAAAGGCUAUUUUUCAUGAAUGACUGAUUAUUUCUACUAAGUAUAGUUUACCAAAUAACCAAUUUAUAUUUAAAUACAAUUUAAAGCCAAAGAGCAGGGGUGACCAAACUUUUUCUUAUGAAGGGCCAAAAUCCAAGCUUGAUUGAGAGCUGUGGGCCAAAAGUAAGUAUAGCAACAGUAUUACAUUUGUACAACAUUGAAGUUGCCACGUGUAAUUUCCUAAUGUAUAUUAUAAUAGUUAUAAAUAAAUAGAAAAAAUUACUUCAACCGUAUUUACUGAUGCAUUCUAUAUUUUUUUGAAACUGUAUAUUAUUUUAACAAACUUGUUACAAUAAAACCCAAAAACACCAAUUUAUGAAACAAUAGAGUUCACUGCGGAAUACACUAGUCAUGCUGAAUUUGUCUUUGCCUUGAUUUGCACGCUGACGCCUUCUGCUUUUUCUAUUAUUCGUUAAGUGAAAUCAUGUAACUUAAAAAUAUAUCUGAUUCAUUUACAACAUUUAAUUGAAACAUUUAAUUUCAGUUUGCUUCUUUGUAGCUCAUCAGUAAAACAAACAAACAAAAAGUUACAUUAAAAUAGAAAUGAGAAUCUCUGUUAAAGUCACUACUCAACCUUUCCCAAUCAUUUUCCCUCUGGCGGGCCAAAUCAAAUUAUACAAAGGGCAAACUUUGACCCGCAGGCCCCAGUUUGGGCAUCUCUGUCUUAGAGGCAUUACUGAGACAAUUGAAACUGCUAUAAACAAACUUAAAUGCAUUUUUCUGUCACAUUUAUAUGGCUUUUUUAUAUUUAUAUAAGUCUUAUAAAGUUACAUUUAUAUGUCUUUUGCGGGAUUUAACAAGUCAAAUUUAACAUUAUUGAAACGCUUGGGCUUAAGGAUUUGAAACUAAGAUGCUUCUAAUAAUUUAAUGCUGAUAUUUCUAUAAAUAACUGCUUUUUUAUUUAUUUAUUGUUUUUAUUCUAGCAGUGAUCACAUUUAAAAGUCAUUCUCUACAGUCAGAAGAGUUAAUGCUUGAAAGUAUGACAACAUUUUAUUGAUUUAUAGAAGAGUUCAUUGCGGUUAAAGGAGCAAACUUGAUAACAUGGGUGUGAUGCCUUUAUAUGUACACAUUCAUUUGUUUUUGUAGAAUGACGUUUGGGUUUGUUUGUUUUUUUCACCUAUUAUGUUUUGUAAUAUGUGUACUAACAAAGUAAAAACAAAGAGAGACUGUAUACUGACACAUUUGGAGUUCUUGUCCAUCAUUUUAUGGUAUUCCAGCACACGACUGAAUAAUUCCUUUUAUGGUAUUUCUACAAGCUCUGACUAUGUUGAUUUCCUCAGAAGGAAUCUGGCAAGACAUUAUGAAUGAGAUUCACUCAACUUAAUUUAUCUGUGACUAGGCAUGGGACAAUAACCGUUUUCAAGGAAUAUCGUUGUUUGGAAAAGUCAAGGUUUUAAAACCGGCAACAUUUUUGCUAUACUGUUCCUAUAUGUAAGAUUUUUUAUUUACUUUUUUAGGACAACAGUAUCUCCAGAUGUCAUUUUAAUUUCAAUUGGUGGUUUUGAAACUAAUAAAGACAGCAGAAGUCAAUGAUUUUCUAUUUCAAAUGAUGAAUUUCAAUUGUUUAGCCUGACAUGUUUA